AUGUUUGUGAAAUUACUCUUCGUCAUUUUCAGUGCAAUUGUUCUUACAGUCGUGGAAAACGCAAGGAUUUUGGCCAGAGUUAAAAGAGAAAGCUUGAAGGUGCGUAUCACAGCUAAGGACGACAGUAUCGUAUUUCAGUACCUCGCUCCUCACCCUGCCAUCAAGCUCCGAGGCUACAUCUUGGGAUAUGGUGGCCGCUACUCCAAGCAAAACAUCUCACUGCCAGAUAAUGGGGAACCAAUUGAGCUUGAUGUUGAGUUCACACCCAAGUAUCUGAUAGCAGUUCAUCCAGUGGCUGAAUACAGCAGUGCUUCCGCAGUGAAAAAAUGCAAAGGUUCAGUGGAGCUACACCGGCCUCUGCAAGUAAUGAUAAAUGCCUUAACAUCAACAUCUGUUCUUCUGACGUGGGGGCAGAACUAUGAAGAAGAGUGUAAUGCGGAUGUUGACAGUGAAUGUACAGAUGAAAGGCAUUUUACUGUUCGGUACAGAGAAAAAGAAAAGAACAAGAAAUGGCUGUAUCAAUUCUGCCCAACAACCAAAACAGUGGUGGACAAACUUAAACCAAAUACUGUUUAUGAAUUUGGGGUUCGAGUUACCAAACCGAAAGAGGAUAGUAUCUGGGGCAGAGCCACCGCUCACACUACUUCUGCGACUACUUCACCUUCAAACACGAGAACUGAACAAGUCAAAAUCAACAAAUUCAAUCCGUACUUUAAGAAGGACAGAAACAAUGGUGACAUGGCGAAAUUGAAGCCAUCAGGAAAGGUUAAUCACAUAGGACCAAAACACAGAAAGCCAGACGUAAUUACCUCAGCUCCAGGUGCAGAUCUAUUAGUUUUCGACACCUUAAAGUCCAAUCGUAAUCCUCCAUCUAAAGAACACCGCCCCAUGCAGUCAAACCCAUUGCCUGAGAAUGAUGUGGUGAACAAAGUAGAAAAAAAAGGCAUCGAUUCCAAACCAACAUCAAGAAAUGACAAGAAGGAAAUAGCAAAACAGAAAGCACCGGCGACCCCUUCAAAAGCGAACGAAUCCAAGAGACCAUCCUCAGUCAAUUCGUCUCUCCCUUCCAACCCAGGUCUUGAACCUCAUGCUACAGGCAAGCCUCAGUUCAUAGAAUUUCAAGUGCCAUCGUCCAACCAUUCAAAUUUAUUUACUUCAGAAAGAGCUUCUGACCUUGAAACUAAGGAUAAGCAGCAAUCCACAGAGUCUGAGAUACCAUCUUCUACAAAAAUGCCUUUCACCAUUUUAAGCACAACUUCCAAACAUACUGCUGAGGACAAGCAGAAACUCCCAGAAAUUAAGGCACCGUCCUCAACCAAUUCAUUUUUAAUCACUUCCAACCCAGCCCAUGCUUCCAAUCCUGUGGACAUCAAGCAAUUGAAAGAACCUGAGGUACCAUACCCCAACAGCUCACCUUUCCACCCAACCUCCGAACCCGAUGCCAAGGAUGUGGAGAAACUUACAGAACCUGAGGUUCCAUUCUCCAGCAUCUCCUCCUUCAACCCAACCACUGAACCUGGUACCCUGGGCAUGCAGAAAUUCACAGACCUUGAGACACCUCUUUCUAGCACCUCAUUUUUCUCCAAUUCAAAAAUGACGUCCACACUUGAUGUCACGGACGGGCAAAAAUCCACAGAAAAAGUUACAGAGGGGCCACCCUCCAAUGGCAAUUUUUACUCCAUCCCAAGCAGCACUUCUGAACUUGAUACCAUGGAUGAGCAACAAUUCUCAGAAUAUGUGGUACCACACUCCAUCAGCUCAAAUGUUAAUACUUUAAGCACACCGUCUGAGCCUGAUAACGUGGACAAGCAAGAAUUCACAGAACAUGAGGUAACCUCCUCCAACAGUUCAUUUUUCACCACAUCAACUGCGUCAUCUGAACUCCAUCCUCCAGAGAGGCAGCCGAAUUCAGAACAUAAAUUGUCAACUGCCGACACUCCAUAUGUGAUUAGUGGAACCAGAGCAUAUGAAUAUAACAUAGAGGACCACAAAUUCACAGACCAUAAGCCACCAACAUUUGACACUCCACAUGUGUUCAGUGGAAUUCCAGUUACUGAACUUACUAACAUAGAGGACAACAAACCAACAGGCCAUAAGCUGCCAACUGUUGACACUCCACAUGUGUUCAGUGGAAGCUCAGCAUCUGAACUCGAUAAACUAGAGGACAACAAAUCCACAGAUAUCCAGAUUAAGCAAAAUGCUGUUAGAGAACAACAUUUUGCUUCUUUGCAGCCAAAAGACCAUAAGUUGACAACUGCUGACACUCCACUUAUGUUCAGUGGAGCUCCAGUAUCUGAACUUGAUAACAUACAGGACCACAAAUUGACAGACAAUAAAGCAUCAACAACUGACUCCACUUAUGUACUCAGUGGAAUCUCAGCAAAGGAGUUUGAUAACAUAGGAGACAGGAAACCUAUAGGCCGUAAACUGCCAACUGCUGACACUCCACAUGUGUUCAGUGGAAGCUCAGCAUCAGGACUUGAUAAACUAGAGGACAACAAAUCCACAGACCAUAAGCCGCCAACUGCUAACACUCCACAAGUGUUCAGUGGAAUCGCAGUUUCUGAACUUGAUAACCUUGAGGGCAACAAAUCAACAGACCUUGAGCGGUUAACUUCUGACACUAUACAAGUGUUCAGACCAUCCCAUGUAUCUCAGCUUGGUAGCACUGGGGGAAAGAAGCGCACAGGCACAGAUCCGAUGGCAGACCCUUUAUCAAAGCCAAAGUCUGAUGCCAAGUGGAAUAUUUUAGAACCUUCAGCUGAUGUUCAGUCCAGCACUAGUUCCAAUCCACUUUCUGAAAAGGAUGCCACUGGACUGGCGACUGAGACAACUAAUCUAAAUAUGUUUACUGAGCACAAUGAAGUUGAAAAUACAACUGUCUUGAGUUCGACCCCAAUAUCUGAGAUUGAUUCUCUGGGCAAAGAGAGAUAUACUGGUCCUCACGUGAAGUAUUUUGGCAAGGAUCCAAACGUGCCUUGCUCUAUUAACGAAGCCUUGAAAUAUUUUGUCAACAAGAACCAUACAAAUGUCAAAGUCACGACAGCUCCUCGCUACCCCCCCACCAAUGUGACCAUUCUGACCGUUGAAGGCUGUUCGACCUUUGUGAUUGUGGUCUGGGAGAAGAACGAUAAUGAUUCAGCUACUGAAUUUGAACUAGUAUCCACAGCAUUAGGACCAGACAAUGAAACUGAAAAAAUUGUUACCGUUACCAAUCAAACUCACAUUACAGUGGAAAACCUCUCACCAAAUACAAGCUACGUGUUCCUUGUGAAGCCCAAAAACCGACUAGGAGUGGGUCCACCCAGUGAACCAGUUCCUUUUGUUACAGAAUCAGCUGACCCCAGAGUAAGCGAGUAUGUACCAGGGAAAGCUGCCAUCUGGUCUCCAUACCGUUUUAAGUUUGAUUCCUUCUCAGAGUGCCAGGGCAAACAAUAUGUCAAACGAACCUGGUACCGCAAAUUUGUUGGGAUCAUACUGUGCAACUCGCUGAGGUACAAGAUUUACCUCAGUGAUAAGCUCUCAGGGGUAUUCUACAACAUAGGAGAUUUAUCAGGACACGGGGAGGAUCACUGUCAGUUUGUCGAUUCCUUCCUGGAUGGCAGAACAGGACAUCAUCUCCUGUCUGCACAGCUACCAGUUAGACCAGGCUUUUACCGAAGUCUUCGCCAGGAACCUGUUAUGUUUGGCACAAUAGGUGGACACACCCAUAUAUCUUAUGUCCACUGGUACGAGUGUGGUAUAGCUAUACCAGGGAAGUGGUGAAGCUGACAAGCACCAUAUUGGAAGGCUACAGGAAGAAGCAAAGGGACUGAAUUACUAUAUUAUAUUGAUAUUGUUCCUUAUAUUCAAUGUAAGAUUCAAAUACACCAUGUAAAGUGCAGAAUGUUUUUCUCUUUUAAAAAAGAAGCCUUAUAGAAAUCUUUACAUAAUAUGGUGCAGCGUGAAUUGUACCAUUUUAAGGCACAUAAUUGUAACUAUUCUAGACCCAAAGUGGGAUACCGAUUUAAAACAAUGUGACUACCAAUCUGGGCAGUAAAUGCUAAUAUUAGCAAGUAAUUACCAAUGUUUUGACCAGCUCUCACAAUUUAUUUCUUGGCCUUUUUGUCAUUUGGUUGAAAGGAGUAACGGCCAUUAGAAAGAUAAAACAUCCGACGAGUAAAGGAAAAGAGAAACACUCACUAUUGAUACAGUGUGCUGUAAAUAAAUGAUAGCACUGCCCAGGAUUUUAUAUCCUGAAAGAUGUCUUCUGUCUUUAGGCAUGUCCUUGGUUUUAAAAAAAGGUCCGAUACAGUUUGUUUUAUUUAUCUAAACAAACAUCCUAAAAAGUUUUUAAAAAGCAGCCGAUUAUAUUGGGAAGCUGGCUCCCUACACCCUCGGUACUGAAUAUAAAUGUUUAAAAGUUAUUUAUCAGGAAUGUAUUUAAAAACACAGAACAUAAAUUGUAACGUCUAUUCACAAAAUAUGAAAGUUUUGUUUAAAAUUUAUAUUUACUGUAACAAGUGAGCUUUUAGCAGUAUUGAAGGGCGUCUCUCAAUAGGUACCCUUUGGAGCAGGCAGCCAAUAAAGCUCCUCCAGGAAGUUGAAAUGGACUCAUUUCACCUGUAAAGAUACUGAACAAUGCAACGAGUGUAUUAAUCCAGGACAUUAAUGCAGGAAGAAAGGUGCCUGUGAAGAGAGGGGACUGUUAUUUCUGCCUGUAAUGCAAUUCAUUCAUAUUUUAUUUAGUAUUGAAUGCAUCAAAAGUGUCGCAUAAGAUCUGUUAGUUACAGCCAAGACUCUAUUUACACCCACACUCACUACGCAGGUGCACCCAUCAAAAAGUUUAAAUCUGCUGAUUUAUUUUUGGUUAUUGCAUGCAGAUAUUCAGAUUAUGGUAAAUAUACCAGGCCAAACACUUACAGACAUUCUCACAAACAUCUAACUACUGCACACGUACAACAUAGAGCUGGUCAGCUGAUGAACAACUGCACACAUUCCACAUAGAUACACAUUCAGCUGCCAUGUGUCUUUGCUUGGCCGUGUAGAGUCAGUACAGACACUCAAAUCCUGAAAUUUCACCCAGGUCUUAGUCUGAAAGAGAGUUAUGUCUUAAUGUUUAAGAUUCCACAUAUUUGAGGGAAAAUCCGUAUGUUCUGUCUUUAUUUGAAAGCUACUUCGUGGCGGAAAACCAUCUUCCAAAUUAAGACUACACCAAAGAAUAUUCUACAAUUUUGCACAAUCUUUUAAUUUUCUUGCAAUUUGAAACCACCAAGCCUGGGUGGAAAUUUAGGGCCUUUAUUUUCAAAACCCCUCUCACAACUAAACACUCGGCCAGAAGAUAUGCACAUAUCUGGUCAACUGGCAGUGCCUCAAACACACAACUACAGAAAUGUUUGGUGUCUGCUAAACAGCUAAUAAAUAGUUUCAUGUACCAAGAUAAGAGACAUCUGGCCCCCCAAAAAACAUUAUAUAUGACCACAUGAUAACACGACCAAAUAACUCUUAGCUACCACACAUCUGUCUACAAUCGGUAUAGAGAUGAGAAGUUUCCAAAGUACCGUUCAUGCCCGAAUGAUCAGUUACCAAACAUUUGCCCAGACCCACACAGAAAAGCUCAACACAAGAUGGAAUAGUUGGGCGACUGUUAAGCAUCCACACACAGAAACACUUAGUUACCAUAGUCUCCAUGUAUUUGGCUCUAUGCCAAGUAAUUAGAGCCAAAUACUGAGCUACCAUGUAUAAUGGCUGAUCUAUUUCAAGAUGCUGAACUGUCAAUGAUCCACAAGCACCCAGAGUGUAAUGCAGAGUUACCAGACACAAUUCUGUAUCUGCAUAAGAGAUUGCAGCAGCCGAAUAUUCACACGCACUCUCCUAUAGACGUGCAGCUUUGCUGAUCUUACGCUUUAUUCAGUAUUUGUGGAGGUUAACGCCUCAUAUUCUUGCCACAAGUGGAUAUUAUAGGUUAAGGAAUACAUACUAAUAUGUAUAACUUUGUUCUUCCAUGUGACAUUGCUAAUGAUAUGAUUUUAGUUCUGAAACCAUGGCAGCGGUUAAUAUUUAGAUUGUCUGUAGCUUUAGUUAAGCAGAGUUUUUGAUAAAUUUUGCAAGGCUGUCUGCAAGCAGUUAUCCAUGCUGUCAUACUCUGAGAAUGAAAACAACAUAACUAAAAAAAUAAAAGUUAAUCUGAUACCUUUA